AGUGACGUCGCUGGCGAGCGCGCUGACGUCACGCGGCCCUGCGACGUCAGGGCGCCGAGCCCCUCCGAUCCCGCACCAGUGGCCGUCAGUCGGCACCAGCCCCUGUGCUAUCAUGUUGAUUCUGCAACCAUCUGGAACUCUAUGAAGAGUGGAGGAGGCAGCAUCAUAAGCACUGAAUACUACAUUGGAAGAAGUGCAAGCGAAUUAUUGCUUCAUCUGGAAGAACUCUGUGGACCUGCGGAUGGUCGGUCGGGAAAGGUGAAGCGAGGAUCUACUGAACAUGAGUGAUGACAAACCUUUUGUUUGUACUGCUCCUGGUUGUGGUCAGCGCUUCACAAAUGAAGAUCACUUGGCUGUUCACAAGCACAAACAUGAGAUGACAUUAAAGUUUGGUCCAGCACGUAAUGACAGUGUCAUAGUAGCUGACCAAACUCCAACUCCAACUCGUUUCUUAAAGAAUUGUGAAGAAGUCGGGUUAUUUAAUGAACUGGCAAGUCCAUUUGAAAAUGAUUUUAAGAAGGCUUCAGAAGAUGACGUCAAAAAGAUACCAUUGGACAUGUCACCACUUGCAUUACCAGCAGUUAGGACUAAAGUAGAAACAUCGACUGUGGAAAGCAGCCACCAGAACAGUCCCCUGCCUCACCCAGAAUCAACUACCAGUGAUGAAAAGGAUGUCCCAUUACAACAGACAACACAAACGGUAUCAACAAUUCGUCCAGCAUCAUUGCAAGUCCCCAAUGUGCUCCUUGCAAAUUCAGAAACUGGUGCUAUCAUACAACAAGCGUUGCCCUCUCCAACUUCUACUUCUGUCAUCACACAGACUCCGCCAACAAACAGAAGCAUAGUACCAGUAUCUGGUUCAGUUCCUCUCUUAUUACAGCUGCCUAAUGGACAGACGAUGCCCGUCACCAUUCCUGCAUCAAUCACAAACCCUGUCCGCAUUCAUACAACUGUUCCCAUUAUCAGGCCUGUCACCAUGGUGCCUAAUAUUCCUGGAAUUCCAGGUCCUCCCAUCAACAACUUUGAACCUCCUUCACCACAACCUCUACAGUCAGAAGCCAAACUGCGACUGAAGGCAGCUUUAACACAACAGCUUCCUCAGGUUACUAAUGGUAACAAUGCCAUGGGCCAAACAAGUGGAACCGUGAGGAUCCAGACAAAGGAAAGUCAUGUACAGUCACUUCAGCAGGCUGCAACGUCGACUACUCAACCAGUGGGCUCCCCAGUCCAGCCUACACAUCAGAUUCAGAGCAGUGGUGGUAGAAGGCGGCGAGCAAUGAAUGAAAACCCAGACGAGAAGAGAAGGAAAUUUUUAGAGCGUAACCGAGCAGCUGCUUCAAGGUGCAGACAGAAGAGAAAGGUGUGGGUACAGUCUCUUGAAAAGAAAGCAGAAGAUCUCAAUUCAACAAACGUACUACUACAGAAUGAAGUCACCCUGCUGAGAAAUGAAGUGUCUCAGCUGAAGCAGCUACUUCUGGCUCAUAAAGAUUGCCCUGUAACAGCCAUGCAGAAGAAAUCUGGCUAUAACAAUGCAGAAAAGGAUGAGAGUUCUAUAGACAGCCCACUACCCAGCAGCCCCCAAACACAAGUCAUCCAGCAUAGUUCCAUCAGCACUUCAAAUGGCAUCAGUUCAACAGCAAUGGCAGAGGCCGUUGCUACUUCGGUCCUUACCCAGAUGGCUGACCAAAGUUCGGAGAUGAACCUACCCGUCCAGUCCCAUGUUGCAAUUGCUCCUUCAUCUCAGUCUCAGCCUUCAGGAAGUUGAUUGGAUAAUACGUGCACUACUGACAUCCAUGGACAUUGUCUCAACAGUGACUGUAAAAUGAGAAUUUGGGAACUGGGAAAAAUGUUCUGAAACAUUUCAAAAACAAAACCUAUACUUCAAGUUUACUAAGGUUUACUUGAUUUUAUUAGUUGUAUUUCGGAAGCAGCUACAGCAGUACCUGUAUAAACAAACACUUAACUUCAACCUUGAAAACAAACAUACAGACAUUAUUCUCUGGUCUAAAAAUGCAUUUGGUAUUUUUGUUUUCUACAACUAAAAGAUAAUUUAAGUCUUUUUAUUUCUGACUUUAUGGCUGUGGAAUAGGCAGUGAAAGAAUUGGUGAGCUUUAAAAUGACUUUAAAAGGUCAUUAUCCUGAGUGUGAAAGAACUGUAAUUUUUUAUUCAUAAUCUCGCACCAUGUAGACUCACUCGUUCUGUACUACUGCUUUCAUAAGUCCAGAAACUGCCUCCAAACUGUUUUAGGUGGACUUAACAUUGGAACAAGUUAAAUUUCCAGUAUAUCUUUGCAAACAGAUGUUUUUACCACAAAAUAAAAUUCUCACUUAGUCUGACAAAGCUUAUUACCAUAUAAAUGAAUAAUCGCCAUCUUAUAAAUUCUUAUACCUGAGCAAGUACUUAAAGAGAUUUUGUUUGCAGAACUAGUAGCAAAUGUAUUCUCUGCCUUUUCUAAUUUGCACAUUGUGAGGGAAUGAUGUUGGUGAUUUUGUUUUAUGUCACUAUGAAAAAGUUGUAGCCAGUGGUUUUAGUAAAUGUUUUUUUAACAUUUUGCCUGAAAAACUCAACAA